AUGUCUUACACACGCAAGGGCAUUUUUGCAUGCACACCUGCCACCGCUAGAGGCCAGUCUGUUCAACUGGGGCUGGACCCGAAAGGCGAGAACUUUCUUUACACAAAUGGGAAAACUGUGAUUAUUCGAAGUAUAUCUAAUCCGGCAGUUGCAACGGAAUACUCUGGACAUGUUGCACAAACAACUGUUGCACGUUAUGCCCCGAGCGGAUAUUACAUCGCGUCUGGGGAUAUUCAUGGUAACGUACGUGUUUGGGAUACUACGCAAGCCGAGCAAAUUCUCAAAAAUGAGGUAAAAGUGAUUGCGGGUAGAAUCAACGACAUCGCGUGGGAUUCUGAGAGUAAAAGAAUAAUUGCGGUUGGUAGCGGGAAGGAUAGAUAUGGCCACGCAUUUUCCUUCGACACAGGCUCAUCAGUCGGUGAAAUCAGCGGUCACUCCAAAGUCAUCAACAGUGUUGACAUUCGUCAGCACCGUCCAUUUCGUGCGGCUACUGCUUCUGAUGAUUUCACCGUCGUGUUUUACCAUGGAGCACCAUACAAAUUUGCAAAGUCAUUGAAAGAUCACACUGGAUUUGUGCAAGGCGUGAAGUUUUCCCCCGAUGGUGAAAAAUUAGUGAGCGUCGGUUCGGACAAAAAGGUUUUUCUGUACGAAGGAAAGACCGGCGAAAAAUUAGCGAACCUAUCUGAACUGGUUGGUGAUGAUUCGCACAAGGGUGGUAUAUAUGCUGUUUCCUGGUCACCGGAUAGCAAAAAAUUUCUUACAUCGUCCGCAGAUAAAAGUGCCAAGAUUUGGGACGUAGAAACUCAAAAAAUCGUACGCACCUUUGAGUUUCCUGAUUCUAUUGAAAAUCAACAGGUUGGUAAUAUAUGGCUAGGCGAAUACCUAGUCAGCUUGUCUCUUUCAGGAGAUUUAAAUUAUUUGGAUGAGAAAUCCUCGUCCCCGGUAAAAGUCAUAAGGGGUCAUCAAAAAGCUAUUACAGCAUUGACCCGCAUAGCAGAUAAAACUUUGUACACGGGAAGUUACGAUGAACAUGCAUGGACAGAAGAUGAAGCUAAUGCAAUCACGAUUACUGGCCAAGGACAUACAAAUCAAGUGAUACAAUUUGCAUCUAAUGGAAAUAAUGUUUAUUCGGUUGGAAUGGAUGAUACUAUAAGGAAAGUCGAAGUUGAAUCUAAAGUUUAUAGCACAACAGUUGUCCCUACCGGAUCACUUCCAAAAGGCAUCGCAGUAUCAAAAGAAGAUUUCAUAUUUGUUGCGACGGUAAAGGAUUUACAAGUAUUCAAAGACGGAAAACAGAUCACUAGUCUGGCCUUGUCGUUUACUUCGGGUGCUAUUGCUGUAAACCAAGAUGGCACGGAAGUUGCUGUUGGAGGAGAAGAUAUCAAAGUUCAUCUAUACCAAUUCGGCGAAGAGAAACUAGUAGAGCAGAAACAAUUAUCAUCUAACCGUAGCGCGAUUACAGCUCUUGCUUAUUCACCUGAUGGGACAUUACUUGCUUCGGGUGACUCGAGUGGCAAAAUUUACGUGUACAAUACCAAAACUGGAGAAGUUAAAAUAUCAAACUGGGGUAGUCAUACUGCACGAAUUUAUUCAAUUGCGUGGUCCCCUGACGGUCUUCACGUCGUCAGCGGGUCGCUAGACACAAAUAUUUAUGUAUGGAGUGUGGAAAAACCCACCAAAAACAUUGCUAUUAAAGGGGCACACCAAGUUGCUGUAACGAGCGUAAUCUUCUUGGACGAUGUCACAAUUUCGUCGGUUGGUCAGGAUGCAUCUCUGAAAUUUUGGACAAUUACUCAUCACUAA